AUGCCUCCCAAGAAGAACAAGGGCUACACGCAGUCUCUGGUCAGAACCUGCGCCGUCUUCGUUCACGAUUUUUCCGGUCCUAUUCUUGCAUCCGGCAUCAAACUCGGCAACGACAUCAAGAUCAAGGCCAAGAUCCGCGUCGAGACAACCCAAGGACACGAGCCCUCUAUCACCCUGUUUCUGUAUUUUCCCGAGGGUAUAGACAACGAGGACAGAGGUCACGGCGCACGGUUUGUUUACAGCCAGGCUGAUGGGGUAUACCGCCCUUCUGCGGAGCUGCGGAUUGGAAUCCGAUUCCGUCGUGAGAAGUGGACUCAGACCUUCGAGGCCGCGUCUCCCGAGCUGCUUGGCAGAUUUCCCGGGUUGAAAGGUGGUGGUGGACAGACGGUAAUCACCUUUUCAUCCGAUGAAGACGACAAGGACAAGGUCUGUGUCGAAGGCAUGGGUAUGCCUUACAUCAACAAAUCGGAACCCGAACUUGAGAAGUUCGUCAACGAGAACUGUCCGCUCAUUGGCGGAGUCGCUUUUAUCGACUUCGUUCGCAGUAACACGUUCCACGUUUUGGUCGAGCUCCAGCCCCACAGCGCGAAGUUCUACUUCAGCUUGGAGCAACUUCCCCCGCCCUUCGAUCACCCUUAUGGAACGCUUCAUACCUUCAAUCCUGAACGUUCCGCAUUAUCCAUGGCCAGCAACCCUCGCAAUCACGCGUACAAUGUUUCCCACAGCUUCAAUGAUGACAACGCGAUGCUGACUGUCACGACUCAGUCGCUGAUGCAGGAUUCGCUGUACCUGUGGAAACAGGCCCGGUGCAUCGCCGAGACCAAGCUGCGCGCCUACUUCAUCCCUGUCCCCGAUCGCGACGAUAAGUACUAUGCUAUUCUCACCCUCCCAAAGGAGUUUGUGGACAAGUACAGGCCUGCCUGGCAGCGCCUAAUCGACCGCCGUACGUGCCAAGUGUCUCUCGCAAGAUGGGAGUUUCCCGACAGCAAGGUGCCCAGCGGAUUCUGGAAAUCCCAUUUCAUCACCUACACGGGCGGCAUCCAGGCUCUUGCGUCUCAUCCUACAGGAGAGUCCGACGUGGUGCUUGUCACGUCGCGGCCGCCACCUGAGGAGGCAGAGCGGAAAAUAAUCGCCAUCAACAGCUUGUGGGAGUCUGACACGGAUAGCGCUCAUCUCGCGCGACUCACGAUGCGUGGCCAAGGCUACGCGGAGUGGAUGAUGGCGAUGCGGCCUCCCGUGCCUGCUCCUGCAGCUGGUGACCAGGGUGCAAACGAGGUCACAGAGCCAACGGUGUCCGCCACAAUCAACAAGAGCGUGCUUCCUUUACGCCCCGUUCCCAAGAAGUCAUACCUCCCCGAGGAUCGACAACGUUGGCCCGUGUUUUUCCGCGAGGUUCUACUCGGACUCGCCAUCAUCAAUGCAGGCCCGGGCUACGGAAAGACUACUGAGAUGGCAAAAAAUAUUCUCGCUAUGGAGUACAGCUUUGGUCGUGUCUUCUGCACGGCCCCGUCUAACGUGGCCGUUACCAAUCUCGCGGUCCGUACCUACAGGAUCACCAUGGCAGUGUGCGACCGGCACAACGACAAUCUUCCUGACGAAACGCCUCGAGCUCUCUACAGAAUGAUACUCCGUGGUUACAAGCGGAAGGACGAGAUCGCUGCCUUCAGUAGUCUGCUGAAAGACCCGAAGCUCGGCGACGCGGCUGCCCCUCGCAAAUUCGGCGGCAUUUCACACUGGCGCCUUGACUUGUCUUUGGCCUUCUGGGUCCUGGUGCUUCUACGGUCGCCUUCUGUACGCGAACUUCACGAUGAUGACAAGACGGAGCUGCAUGAGCUCCAGCAUGAAGUUGACGCCCGGGGAGAUUGGACUAGCCUUCGAGACAUGGCCACUGGACGGAUCUCGUGGGACGCAUACGCUGGCAACUCCGGCUGUCCGCCAGACCACAUGAAGACCGUCCAGAUCAUCAUGGAUCGACUCGUGGCGAUGGCUGAAGUCCUGGCCACCACACCGGCCAUGAUUGUCAACACCAAUGAGGUCUAUAAAGACUGGCGAUCCGACGCAAAGGCCGUUGCCAUCGAUGAGGCAGCGAACAUGGAUCGCGGCGACCUCAUAACCGCCUGGGGCAAUGAGAUGUUGCCGUUGCUGUGUGGUGGAGAUCCAGAACAGCUGCCAUCCUUCGUGCUGACUGACCAGAGCUCUCUCGACGCCUCUGGUCAUGUCAACAAUCAGUUCUCACAUGAUGGCCGCGUUUCCGCCCAGGGCUUCUUCAUGGCCAGCGGACACUCCGUCUACCGCCUGCAUCGCCAACUCCGGAUCGGCAAUGGCCUUUUCGACAUCAUCGGCAAAGUCAUCUAUCCGGACAUCCCGGUAAGAUACGGACCCGACUGCAACAUCAACCUGCCGCAGUUCGAGAUUGGACAUCGUCUAGAGGCAUACUUCAGAGAGCGCUUCCCAGAUUUGCUCGCCCACGCGAAAGACAAGUUUGCACCCAUCUUCGUACAUUGCAACGACACAUUGGUAUAUGUCAACCCGGUGACUGGGAGCAAGCGAUCUCCCGACCAGGUUCACACCGCCCUCUCCUUUGCCGCUGACUUUAUUACGAAGAACUCCGUCGAUCCGUCCAAGCUGGCCAUUCUGAAGCCUGCGGCUGAAAUCACUAUGGCCAUGGGAAAUCAAACCAUGGCCUACCAGCCUGCAGGAAGGCUUAGGUUCGAUGAUCAGUACCCCUCAAGACCGCGACGACAGUUGGUUUGGGUCAGACAUCCUACGCCCAAGAAAAUGCAAACGAAGAAGCACCUGACGGAUAUGAUUGACCCCGAGACGGGCGAACACAAGGCCUGGACUGACAACACAUUGCCUGGUCAAGUGGAGAUCUCGGAAUGGGACAUCGGCAAGCCUGAUGCGGAUAUCUACCACAAGGCAAUUCAAGUCAUGAGCCUCGGAUACUACAUCCCGAAAGCCCACAAGCCGGAGCAAAACAACUUCACGUCCGACAAUGCCACUCAAAGGACCCUCGCGGGAUCUUGCUUCAGAGUUGGACUGCCUUUGGCUUCCGGCGCUCCGACCACCAGCUCUAGCAAAGCUGCAAAGGAAAAGAAGGGCUCAAGACAUCGCACAUAUAACCUGGUGUUGGUUGGUACGGGAGUCGAUGGUGCCCCUCCUGUGGGUUAUAAUGUUCCCGGUGGCAGAAAACAGAUUUUCUUUCACCCCGAGUGGCUCGAAGGCGUCAACUUGAACAACGCGCCAGACACAGUCGCCGACCAAGCGAUUCAAAACGCUUGGGAUGUUGGCUAUGCUGCCUUGACUGCCAAAAUGCCCAGAGCCAUCGAUGACAAUCUCACCAAGGAGACCGGCGACAAAGGCAGCGGACACCGACGGAAGUCAGCAGCGUAUGUCAGCAGCGACGAUACCGACGACAGUGGUGAGGAUACCGACGACAGCGAUGACGGCAGCGACGACAGCGGAAGGCACCAGCGGACGGAAACAGCGGUCAACAACGGUGACAGUACCGGCAACAGCGGAGAGCCCUUUGCCACAAUUUUGCGAACAGAUGAGAACGAGGCUCCUCGCCAACUAGAAAAUAUGAUGGCCAACAUCAACUCCGCCGAGAUCCAGAAAGAGAAGACAGCCGCUGCCGCAAGGGUAGCUCAAUGGCUGACACUCAUGGGAGAUUCGACGUCGAACCCUCUCUAUCAGCGGUAUAAGCCUAUCAUGGACCUCACGCGCGCUGAGACAAUCAUCUCCAUGUCCCAGGCAGAGUCUGCUCUCUCCCAGAUUCGGACUGUGUGGCCACGCACUUUCGAGCAUCCCAAGGCCGCGACCCUCGACGCGAAGUUCAUUCAGAAACUCUCUUUCAUCUUAUGCAGCCCCGAAAACGAAGUUUUCAUCGAUCACAACGAGUUGGGAAAGGUGCUUUGCGUCCUUGUGGAAAUGCUACCAACCGGGGACAUGCCAACCAGCGAAGACGUCCAAAGAGCACAGGACUUGCUCCGCCGUCUUUACCUGAAUAACAGACCCCCUGGCAGCACCCGCUUAUCGUCAAACUCGAAGUUGCAUGCCAACAAUGACAACAGCAAAAUAAACGAUGCGUUUGGUGCUCACGUGGACGAGGAGGAAGACAUUUACAGCCCUUGA